AUGCCCGACGAGAGCACGCCGCAAACUCGACGCAAAAGAGGCUUGUCGUUGCGCUCCCAGCUUCUCAAUAAGGCUGUGGCGGCCUCGUUCAAUCCGUUCUGGGAUUCCAGGCGUCUGUCUCAGAUAGAGUUGGAUAAUCUAGGGCAGGAGCUGCAACUGCCUGGCUUGCCUGGACAGGCUGGUCCUCUGGGCCUUCAGUCCCUGCAAUACCCUGAACCGCAUGGAGACUACCUAGCUCCACCGGCAAUCACCGUGGAUAGACCUCAGGACAGUUACCAUAAGAAAGAGUACCCCCAGUACUCCCAGAAGAUGCUGCGCCUGACGACUCGCCUUACGACGAUUUCCAGUGCUAACAGUUCCGAUGAUGAAGGGAACGAACAACGUGAUAGCAGGUUUACUCGACAGAAACGGUUCAGAAACUCCUGGAGAGGUACCUUCAAGAAGUAUAAAGAUAAGCUCUUGGGCCGGUCGCAGCUUGGGGCCUCUGAAACUGGACGUAUCAUCCCCGUUUGUCUUCGUAAAGAGAAGGCCAAUUCGAUCUUCAGCGACGAAUACUACUCCAAAACCCAGAAAGCGUAUGUGGAUGAGCGUUCUGGAGAGCCCUACAUCGGCAACACCAUCACCUCGUCGAAAUACAACAUCUACACGUUCCUUCCGAAACAGCUCCGGGCUCAGUUUUCCAAGCUUGCCAAUUGCUACUUCAUGGUCGUUGCCAUCAUGCAAAUGAUCCCCACAUGGUCCACCACAGGCCAGUUCACCACCAUCAUUCCGCUUAUGAUCUUUAUGUCUAUUUCCAUUGCUCGUGAGGGUUUCGACGACUGGAAACGUCAUACUCACGAUAAGGAAGAGAAUUCCAAAAUAGCCAGUGUUGUCUGUGAAGACGCAGACUUGGCUCUGUUCGAUACUCAAUCCAUCCACACCAUCAUGACAGAAACCAUACCCGUGGGCUACCCUGAGGAGCCUUCUCAGAACUCUUCGGUUGGCUCGCUUGUGGACGGGUCAAAGAACAUUUUUUCAAACACCAUUGCCAUGACUCGUUAUAAUCUACGCCUGGAUCCUACUACCUGGAAAGAUAUUAAAGUCGGUGAUAUCUUGCAAAUCAACGAGAACGAAUGGAUUCCAGCUGACAUCAUUCUUUUGGCAGUCGACAGCGACGAAACUGAAGCUUUCGUUGAAACCAUGGCUCUUGAUGGUGAAACUAACUUCAAGUCGAAAUUCGCCCAUCCUGAGCUCCUGAAACUUACUCAAAGACCUAGUGAUCUUAAGAAUGCUCGCUGUCUCGUCACCACCGAAGAUCCUAACCCGGACUUGUACAAUUUUGAGGGCCACUUCUCCUCCAACGGUACCGAUUACGCCCUUGGUCUUGACAACGUCGUUUAUAGAGGCAGUAUCUUGCGUAACACAAGAUCUGUAUUGGGUUUAGUCGUCUUCACCGGUGAAGAGUCCAAGAUCCGUAUGAACAACUUGAAAAAUCCAAGAACAAAGGCUCCAAAACUUCAAAGAAACAUCAACUUUAUUGUGUUGUUUAUGAUUUUUGUGGUCAUCAUUCUUUCUGCAAUGUCCACCAUGGCUCAGCGUAUUUAUCUCCAAAACGAUCUCCAUAAAGCAUGGUACCUUUACGACCAGGAUGUCGGUAUUGCUGCCACUCUCAUGGGUUUCAUCAUCAUGUACAAUACUUUGAUUCCCCUUUCGCUUUAUGUUACGAUGGAAAUCAUCAAGGUCAUGCAGCUUGUGUUUUUGCAGUAUGACAUUGACAUGUACGAUGUCAAGUCUAAUACCCCUGCCGAUGCAAAGACUGCCACCAUUCUUGAGGAAUUGGGUCAAGUUUCCUAUGUGUUCUCCGAUAAAACGGGAACUCUUACAGAUAACGAGAUGCUUUUGCGUAAGUUCAGUGUUUGUGGUGCCAACUGGAUCCACGACACUGAUCAGUUAGCGGAAGAGAAAGAGGAUCCUGGGUUCGGCGAUCAUUAUAUGGCUAAAGUUGAUGCUAUUCGCCCUCUGCAGCAAAACAAAGCCUUCCCUCCAACAAGAAAAAGUACCACAUCCAUUGUCAGGCAAAGCAUGGAACUUUCUUCUAUCCGUACUUCCACAAGCUGGAGAUCUACAGCCCAGCCAGAGAAAGAGCAGCAUUUGGCCAGUUCCUUGUACUUGUUGAAGUAUAUCCAGACCAACCCACAAACGAUCUUUUCCAGGAAGGCAACGUUCUUUCUUUUGAGCAUAGCUCUUUGUCACACUUGUCAACCUCGAAAAGCCGCCAAGGGUGUCAACAACAGCUCAACCUACACUCUCACUGGUAGCAGCGAAGAAGAACAGGUGAAUGAUCUUGAAGAGGAUGCUGGUAUUACCUACCAAGCUGCCUCUCCGGAUGAGUUGGCUUUGGCUGACGCAGCUAGGGACCUUGGUUUUGUUAUUGCUGAUAAGCAGAAUGGUGUUAUCAGUGUCAAGACAUAUCCUCAUGGUUUUGACGAAGCACCAAGAGUUGACCGUUAUGAAAUCCUUGAUGUCGUGGAGUUUAACUCGGUCCGUAAGAGAAUGUCUGUUGUUGUCAAAUUUCCUGAUGGAAGAAUUGGUGUUAUUUGUAAAGGUGCUGAUAACAUCAUUUUGGACUUGUUGAAGAAUGCUGAUCUCGCGAAGAAGAAAGCAAGAGACAUUUUCUUGUCUUCUGCUGACAGAAAAACGCAAGAAGCUGAAAUCGUUUUGCAAAGCAAGGUCUCGGCUGAACUUGAAAACAGAAGGUCUCUUUCUUCGUUGAGAGGAGCCAGCAUUGAUGCUGCCGAACGUAUUGGCUCUAUUGACAAUAUCGUUUCCAGACAAGAAAGUGACAUUAGUCAAAUUGCUGCUAAAGCCAGACAGUCUCUUCAUAUGCAACAAAACAAACGUUACAGUUUGGACGAACACAACGAUGCCGAUACCAGAGAGAACUCUCAUGCAUUCAUUCCAAAAGAUAAGUUGCUCGUUAACGAAGAGUUUGUCAUUGAGAAGACCUUGGAACACAUUGAGGAAUUUUCAUCUGAAGGUUUGCGUACCUUGUUGUACUCUUUCAAGUGGCUCAGCAGUGCUGAAUAUGACCAAUGGUCGACUGAGUACCGUGAGGCGAAGAUUGCAUUAUCUGACCGUGCCAAAAGAGUUGAAGAAGUUGGCGCCAAGAUUGAAAAUAACUUUGAUCUCCUUGGAGCAACAGCUAUUGAAGAUAAGUUGCAAGAUGGAGUAAGUGAGGCUAUUGACAAAUUGCGUCGUGCUGGUAUUAAGAUGUGGAUGCUUACUGGUGACAAGAGAGAAACCGCCAUUAAUAUUGGAUACUCAUGUCGACUCAUUAAGGACUACUCCACUGUCGUUGUUUUGUCCAGUGACGAAGGUACCGAAAGGCUUACUCAGCGUAUCAGCACCGCCAGUCUGGAGAUCAAAGCUGGCAGAAUUGCACAUUCUGUUGUUGUCGUUGACGGCGCCACAUUGGGUGAGAUCGAAAGCGAUCCUACCUUGUUUUCGGUUUUCAUCGAACUUUGCAUUCAAACUGACUCUGCUAUUUGUUGCAGAGCAUCACCAUCCCAGAAGGCUAGUAUGAUUAACUCGGUCAGACAGUUAAGAAAAAGGGAUGUCACUUUGGCUAUUGGAGAUGGUGCUAACGAUAUCGCCAUGAUCCAAAGUGCCGACAUUGGUGUUGGUAUUACUGGUAAAGAGGGUUUGCAGGCUGCAAGAUCGGCUGAUUACGCUAUUGCCCAAUUCCGUUUCUUGCUUAAGUUGCUUCUUGUCAAUGGUCGUUACAAUUACAUAAGAACUUCCAAGUUCGUUCUUACGACGUUUUAUAAGGAGCUCCUUUUCUACUUGACCCAAUGUGUUUACCAGAGGUACACCAUGUUCACCGGUACGUCCAUGUACGAAAAAUGGUCGUUAUCGAUGUUCAACACACUUUUCACCUCCUUACCAGUGCUUUGCGUUGGUAUGUUCGAUAAGGAUUUGAAGCCCUCUACACUUUUAGCGGUUCCAGAGCUAUACGGCACUGGACGCAACUACAGAGCAUUUAACUUGAAGAUCUUCAUCUACUGGAUGGCUUUGGCUGCAUUGCAGAGUGUUGCUGUGUCUUUCAUUGCCUACUUUACGUGGGGCUUCUCAGCUACCAAAGACAACACUUCCUUGCCUUUGGGAACCAUGGUCUUCUGGACUCUUGUCAUUGUCAUCAACGCCAAAUCGCAGUUUUUGGAACAACGCAACAAGCAGUGGUUGGCAUUUGCAUCUUUCAUUAUCUCAGUAGCUGGCUACGGAUUAUGGAAUGUCUUGAUCAUGUUUCUUCACAGAAGCAAUGAGCCAACCAUUUACUUUGCUGACUACGGUCUUUUGGAAUUUGGUGGCGACAUCUCAUGGUGGGCUACUCUCUUGAUCUUGACCACUGCAUUGCUCUUCUUCGACUUUAUCCUCCAGUUACUCAAGAUCAUGUUCUCGCCAAGCGACGUUGAACUUUUCCAGAUUUACGAGAAGGACCUUGAACUCAGAAGAAUGUUUGAAGAGAGAUCAUACAACGAAUUGAAACAGGGAUGGUUGUUCCCAAGAGAUCCUUCUACAACAGGCCAGAAGUUGAAGGGUUUGGUGAACAAGAUCUUUGGUUCUCAUUUCGGAACCAACAAGGACGACUUUAUUGUUGAUGAUGAAACCCCAGGCUCCGCUGCCCACAGAAAGCGUGCCGGUACAAAUCCAUUGGAAUCUGAACUUCCUCCAAGUGGUGAAGGAAUUGGCACGACAAGAGAUAUUGACCCACACAAUGAUGACGAUUACGUUGUCUUGCCAAGUGGAACUCGCGUGAAGAGAAAGAAGCCUGGAGUGUUUUCUCAGAUUGCUAGAAGAUUCAAGAGAGACAAGAGCGGUUCUGAGGAUGAAAAUGUUGAUGAUAUCAUCGAUAAUAGAUUGAGAGGACUCGAACUGUCCUAA